AUGGUCGGCGCCGGAGGCAUCGGCUGCGAACUGCUCAAGAACUUGGUUAUGAUGGGGAUCGGCGAGGUCGAGGUGGUUGAUCUGGAUACUAUCGACUUGUCCAACCUCAACAGGCAGUUCUUGUUUCAACAUAAACAUAUUGGGAAGGCAAAGGCUCAUGUGGCACGCGAAUCAGCACUCCAAUUCAACCCAAAAGCCAACAUCACCUCCCACCUCGCCAGCAUCUUUGAAUCCAGGUUCGACAUCGCCUGGUUCAAAUCCUUCGAUCUCGUUCUUAACGCUCUCGACAACGUCGCCGCUCGAAAACACGUCAACGGAAUGUGUCUCGCCGCCGGCGUGCCUCUCAUCGAAUCCGGAACCGAAGGAUUCAAUGGCCAGGUCAUUCUGCACACCCACCCACUGACGAGCUGCUACGAGUGCGACGGCAAACCGAGCAAAAAGACAUACCCCGUAUGCACCAUCCGCAGCACGCCGAGUCAGCCUAUUCAUUGUAUCGUCUGGGCAAAGAGUUUUCUGUAUAGUCAGCUCUUUGGGAAGCCGGAGGAGGAGGAUGCGACGAUUGAUGAGGAUGAUGCGUCGGAUAAUGCAAAGGAGAUGGCACAUCUGCGGAAGGAAAAGGAGGCGCUUAACAGGCUUCGGGAGUCUGCAGGCACGGCAGAGUAUGGCAAAAUCGUCUUCCAAAAGGUGUUCACAGAUGACGUGAAGGGUUUACUGGUCAUGGAAGAUCUGUGGAAGAGCCGGAAGCCGCCCACACCACUCGAGUACGACCAAGUAGCCUCCAAGACUUCGACCCCGUCAAAUGGCGACACCCCAAACGCGUUAGAAUGGGACCGCAAGAUCUGGACGGUGCAAGAGAACACCUCAGUGUUUCUCGACAGUUUACAGAAACUCACGGCGACGUUGUUGGAGGAACGACGCAAUGAUCCCGACCAUACGUUGGCAUUUGAUAAGGAUGAUGAGGACUCACUCAACUUUGUGACUGCUACUGCGAAUUUGAGGGCGGAGGUGUAUGGGUUGGAGAAGAAGAGCCGGUUUGAGGUUAAAGAAAUGGCGGGUAACAUCAUCCCCGCCGUCGCAACCACCAACGCCAUCAUUGCCGGCCUGAUCGUCAUGACCGCCAUCAAAGUCCUCAGCGGCAAAGCCGACGCCUGCAAAAACGCCUGGGUCUCCCAACAAUCAGCAAUCAACCCGGAACGUCUGCACAAACCGAAUCCGCAAUGCGGCGCCUGCUCCACCCACUCUUUCGUGCUCAGCAUCGACGUUGACACCGCGACAUUGGGUGAAGUCGUGGAUGAGGUUAUUGAACGGGAUGCGAUGCAGGAGGGGGAUGACUUAGCGGCGGUCGUCCUCUACGACCCCGACUUUGACGACAACCGCUCCAUGACCCUCUCCGCCCUUGGCGUCAAGCACGGCUCCAAGAUCGUCGUCACGAACGAGGACGAUGACUACCCGGACGGGAGCAGGAACUACUCGAUCAAUUUGUUUGUUCAGCAUAGGUAA